UGCAGAGCUCACAGCAUGGCAGUGCCGGGUGAGGCCGCCCAAGACCUGGCCAAGCCGGGCCUCAGAAGGGCGAGUCCCGCCCAGGUGGCCAGCUGGGACCACCACGGUCGUGGCGCGUCCCUUCCAUCCCCGCGGGGCUCGGGCUGCCGAGGUUGUUGGGGAGUCCAGGCGUUGCAGCCGCUACGGCGCUCGCCGCAACUCUCCUCGGCGUUGUGCGCGGGCUCCCUGUCCGUGCUGCUGGCGCUGCUGGUGAGGCUGGUCGGCGGAGAAGUUGGAGGCAAGCUGGAGUCAAGUCAGGAGGCGGCGGCCGAGGAGGAGGAGGAGGAAGGAGCCCGAGGGGGCGUCUUCCCGGGCCCUCGGGGAGGUGCUCCCGGGGGCGGCGCGCAGCUCAGCCCUUGGCUGCAGCCGGCCGCGCUGCUCUUCAGUCUCCUGUGCGCCUUCUUCUGGAUGGGCUUGUGCCUGCUGCGCGCCGGGGUGCGCCUGCCUCUGGCCAUCGCGCUGUUGGCCGCCUGCUGCGCAGGGGAAGCGCUGGUGCAGCUCUCGCUGGGCGUGGGGGACGGUCGCCUGCUGUCGCUGCCCGCCGCGGGGGUCCUGCUCAGCUGCCUGGGUGGCGCGACAUGGCUGGUGCUGAGGCUGAGGCUGGGCGUCCUCAUGGUCGCCUUGACUAGCGCGCUCAGGACGGUGGCCCUGGUUUCCCUGGAGAGGUUCAAGGUCGCCUGGAGACCUUACCUGGCGUACUUGGCGGCCGUGUUGGGGCUGCUGCUGGCCAGGUACGCCGAGCAGAUCCUGCCGCAGUGCUCCGGGCCGGCUCCGCCCAGGGAGCGGUUUAGGUCCCAGCUGAGCGCGAGGACCAAGGAAGAGAUUCCGGGGUGGAAGAGGAGGAGGCGGUCCAGCUCCGUGGUGGCCGGCGAGAUGUCUGGCUGCAGCGGCAAGUCGCACCGGAGGACCUCCCUGCCCUGCAUACCCAGGGAGCAGCUUAUGGGUCAUUCAGAAUGGGACCACAAAAGAGGACCACGAGGAUCCCAGUCAGGAACCAGCAUCACUGUGGAUAUCGCCGUGAUGGGUGAGGCCCAUGGCCUCAUUACUGACCUCCUCGCAGACCCUUCUCUGCCCCCAAACGUGUGCACAUCCCUGAGGGCCGUGAGCAACCUGCUCAGCACCCAGCUCACCUUCCAGGCCAUCCACAAGCCCAGAUUGAACCCCACUGUAACCUUCGGUGAGAACUAUACCUGCUCUGAUUCUGAGGAGGGCUUGGAGAAAGACAAACUGGCCAUUCCCAAGCGCCUGAGAAGGAGUCUGCCCCCAGGCUUGCUGAGAAGAGUCUCCUCGACUUGGACAACCACCACCUCUGCCACAGGUCUGCCCACCUUGGAACCUGCACCAGUGCGGAGAGACCGCAGUGCCAGCAUAAAGCCUCACGAAGCACCUUCACCCAGUGCUCUCAAUCCUGACUCUUGGAAUGCCCCAGUGUCGAUGACUCUCACCAAGAGCAGGUCCUUCACUUCAUCCUAUGCCAUCUCUGCAGCUAACCAUGUAAAAGCUAAAAAGCAAAACAGGCCAGGUGGCCUUGCUAAAAUUUCACCUGUACCCUCUCCCUCCUCCUCGCCUCCUCAAGGAUCGCCUGCCAGUAGUCCCGUUGGCAACAUUACUUCAGCACAGUUUCCAGAAUCCUCUGAAAUAACUGCCAAGCGAGGCCCUGGAUCUCACAGGGCCUUAACUUACACCCAAAGUGCCCCUGACUUGUCCCCUCAGAUCCUGCCUCCACCUGUCGUAUGUAGCAGCUGUGGCCGACCUUAUUCACAAGGGAAUCCUCCUGAUGGACCUUCAGAGAGAAGUGGCUCAGCCAUUCAGAAACCAAACAGAACAGAUGACACUUCCCAAGUUACCUCCGAUUAUGAGACCAACAACAACAGUGACAGCAGUGACAUUUUGCAGAAUGAAGAGGAGGCCGAGUGCCAGAGAGAGCCACUGAGGAAAGCAUCGGCUUGUGGCACCUAUACUUCCCAGACCAUGAUCUUCCUGGACAAACCAAUUCUUGCUCCUGAACCCCUAGUCAUGGAUAACCUGGACUCAAUUAUGGAUCAGUUAAACACCUGGAAUUUUCCAAUUUUUGAUUUAGUGGAAAAUAUAGGAAGGAAAUGUGGCCGUAUUCUGAGCCAGGUAUCAUACAGACUGUUUGAAGACAUGGGCCUUUUUGAAGCCUUUAAAAUCCCGGUUAGGGAAUUUAUGAAUUACUUUCAUGCUUUGGAGAUUGGAUAUCGGGACAUUCCUUAUCAUAACAGAAUCCACGCCACUGAUGUUUUACAUGCUGUGUGGUAUCUCACAACGCAACCAAUUCCUGGCCUCCCAAGCGUGAUUAGUGAUCAUGGAUCAGCAAGCGACUCUGAUUCUGACAGUGGAUUUACACACGGACACAUGGGAUAUGUGUUUUCAAAAAUGUAUCAUGUGCCAGAUGACAAAUAUGGAUGUCUGUCUGGGAAUAUCCCCGCCUUAGAGUUGAUGGCUUUGUAUGUGGCUGCAGCCAUGCACGACUAUGAUCACCCAGGAAGGACGAAUGCUUUUCUGGUCGCCACCAGUGCUCCUCAGGCGGUGCUGUACAAUGACCGGUCAGUUCUGGAGAAUCAUCAUGCCGCUGCAGCAUGGAAUCUCUUUAUGUCUCGGCCAGAGUAUAACUUCUUAGGUAACCUAGACCACGUGGAAUUUAAGCAUUUCCGGUUCCUAGUCAUUGAAGCAAUCUUGGCUACUGACCUGAAGAAACACUUUGACUUUGUAGCCAAAUUUAAUGCCAAGGUAAACGAUGAUGUUGGGAUAGAUUGGACCAAUGAAAAUGAUCGUCUCCUGGUGUGUCAAAUGUGUAUAAAGUUGGCUGACAUUAACGGGCCUGCUAAAUGUAAAGAACUCCACCUGAAGUGGACAGAGGGCAUCGCCAGUGAGUUUUAUGAGCAGGGCGAUGAAGAAGCCAGCCUCGGUUUGCCCAUAAGCCCCUUUAUGGACCGUUCUGCCCCACAGCUGGCCAAUCUUCAAGAAUCCUUUAUUUCACACAUUGUGGGUCCUCUAUGCCACUCCUAUGACUCUGCAGGUCUCAUGCCAGGAAAAUGGGUGGAUGACAGUGAUGAUUCAGGAGACACUGAUGACCCAGAAGAAGAGGAGGAAGAAGCUGAAACACCAAAUGAGGAAGAAACCUGUGAAAAUAAUACAGCUCCCAGAAAGAAAACUUUCAAAAGGAGGAAAAUCUACUGCCAAAUAACUCAGCACCUCCUGCAGAACCACACGAUGUGGAAGAAAGUGAUUGAAGAGGAACAGUGCUCAGCAGGCAUAGAGAACCAGUCUCUGGACCAGGCUCCUCUACAGCAUUCCUCAGAGCAGAUCCAGGCUAUCAAAGAGGAAGAGGAAGAGAAGGGGAAGCCAAGAGCAGAGGAGACCCUGGCUCCACAGACAGACCUGUGACCAUGGGUAGAGCGAGCUGUUUGCAAACAGAGUGACUUGUCCCAGACACUUUCCAAGCCAGCACAACACUUAGACACAACACUGUAGAAUACCAGAAGAUGGGCAAAUGGCUAAAGCGUUUGGGGAGUUCUUCACAUUUUGUGUGUUUACUUUUACAGUGAGGGACAGCGCUGAAGACUCUAGCUCAACGAAGCUUUCACUUUGCGACACCAGCGUCUAAGGAUCGUUUUAUAAGGAAGUUAUAUAUGUGUGUGUAUAAACUCCCACAUAGGCUCAUGUAAGACUUAUAGUCACGUGUAACACAUGCACACUGAGAGCCAGGAUGCCUGACUCCACAAGGUAGUAACAGUCAUAUUAAGAUAUAUAGAGGUCACUGUGACAUAAGAAAUCAUAAAGGACAGGAACUCACGAGGAAAUGACCAGCUUAGCAAGGAAACAAAUGUAGGCUCGAGACUGAACAGCUUUUGUUCUCCCUAUUGAGGGAUGAAUGUUCCAGAGCAUUGUUGGAAUUCUAAUGCAUCCUGCCAACUGUGUGUGUACGUGUGUGUGUGUGUGUGUGUGUGUGUGUGUGUGUGUGUGUGAGAGAGAGAGAGAGAGAGAGAGAGAGAGAGAGAGAGAGAGAGAGAGAGGGAGGGAGGGAGGGAGAUGUUUGUAUACCUGUGUGCGUGUGGAAAGGGAGAUGUUUGUGACUUUAGUUGUUCAUAGAAUAGCUGUAGCAGGUAAUGAAGUACAUGUGAACAUACAGAAGGAAGUCCUUUCUGGAGUGUCUUUGAAUGGCAGCCCUCCUCCAUUUAGUGUCCAUAAAAGUUCUUUUGCAGAGGGAGGGCUUGUGUGGGCCACAUGAUUGGUACCACUGCUACUUGCCACUUGGAGGCGCUCUACCACCAGCCUCACACUCAAAAGACUGAGGCUUUCUGGUCUACUCGCCUAAUGAAUGUAUAUAUGUGAGGGUGUAUGUGAGUACAUGUCACUCACCUAUGAUCAAAUCGCCAUGGAAGGGGAUGGCGUUCAUUACUGGUGGAAACCCAAGAGGAGCUGGAGUCAGCUCUUCAUCAGGUAAGAGUUCUAAAAGGGUGCUGGGAAAGGCCCAGGAAAUUACCUUUAGUGAUGAUACCCUGUGUCUUCUCAAUUUGCUGCAAGAUAUGUUGUAGUAAAAAAGAAAGUCAACAAACUCACCAUGGGUUUUAUAACAAGAGAUGAAGGCAAAAUGCCAGCUUAGGGUUUGGAAGUUGCCUGGGGAAAGCUGACCCUUGGCAACUAUUGAAGAUUGUUUGCUCUGACAUCACCCAUUGUAGUCUUCCACACACUGUGUGAUGGUGUAGCAUGGCUUUGCAGACUUUUGGAAAGGAAGAUUAUGGGUGGUUGAUUAUUGAUUGUGGCUAGACCACUGAAAGCUGUUUGGGUUGUUUUGUUUUGUUUUGUUUUCUACACUUGUUUAUGCUGUGAGCCAAACCUCUAUUUAAAAAGUUGAUACUCACUUUCAAUAUUUUAUUGGAUAUUAUUACAUAUGUCAUGACUAGUUACCUAGUUACCGUGAUGUAAAUAUAAAGACUUUUUUUUGUAGAUAGUAAACUUUUUUUAAGACAAAAAGGGGGAAAAGGGAAACAUUUUAUAGUUAUAUUUUAAUCACCAUUUUAUACAUUGUAACUAUCUCCAAGCCCAGUAGCUGGGUGAUGGUUCAUUGUGGAGUCUGAGGGCCACCUGCCAUCUGCCUACUCUAGUUUGAAGCAUGAUCUGAUACAGUUGUUAAGUGAAGGCAUUGCAAAGACAACAGUUUUUGCUAACUGACUAAAUUUGAGGACUUUCCCUCCCCGAUGAAAGCCUUUCUUAACCAGCUUGUUAACAUUUCCUUCUGGACUCUUGCUUGUAGCUCCCGGUUCAGUUCUGUGUUCACAGACUUCUAGUCGUCUUAGCCUCAAGACCUGUUCAUCGAUUUCUGCUCUUUCACAUAAUUGAUUGUUUACAUUAAAAAUCCCUUUGUCUCCCAUACAUGGGUAGCACACCCUUCCCUUCAAAAGCAUGAUUUUAUGGUAAUUCACAGCAUUUUCUCAAAAUAGACAAAGAUGAAAUAAAAAAUCAAGUAUUUCAAGGUAGAUCUUCUAUUUAAUAUGACAGUGCAAAAAGGAUUAAAACGAUUAAGGCUUCAUCCAAACAAUUAGAAUAUGUUUCAAUAUAUUUCUGAGUUAACACCAGGUCUUCAGCAUUUAGCAGGUCCUGAAUCAUUUCUUCUUUCUUUAUGGUGUCUGUGUGUCUCUGUUUAUAAAUCUACUCUGAAGCAAAGAACUUUCUUUGGUGAAGGCACCCUUCCCCCACAAUAAAAAUGAUAGACAAAGCAUUUAUAUUCAUGCCCUUCAUGUCUGUUUAGUCAGUGCUCAUCCCCACCUCCAAAUGGAUGCAUGUCUAUAACAUACAUAGUCAAACAAGCUACACCUGGAGUAAGUGGAUUGGCAAAUCCCUUGUGAGUAUAUAUUGGCAGUUUGAAUAAAGCCACAGAAUCAGAGUAUUUGCCAGGCUGGUUACAUCGUGGGGGGAGGGGUCUCUGAAAUCUGCCUAGUUUUGCUUGUUUUAAGGUACAUGAAGUAACAGAACAAUGACCAAAGUAAUUUGAACCUGUGUGUUCCAGAAUUGUACUCAUUCGUCCAGGCAGAGUAAAUUGUUUUCUUAGCAAACAAGUUGUUAUUCUACUCAAACCAAAAGUCAACAAACUGAAAAAGGUCGAGAUGUGCCAAGUGUGUAACCUAAAGAUCCACCCUGAUAACAACGUCAAAAGUGUUUUCCAUGAAUGAUGUCGUCCAACUCCUUGGUGACAGCAGUAUUACUGAGUUCACAUCCAACUUCAGAGUUAACUUCCUGUGGUGCCAAUGUGUUAGAUGCGCUUUACUACAGUUUUAUAUGAGCCUAUACAGGUGCCAUUCGAUAAACUCAGGUUUCCUAGUGAAGGGGUUUCUACUCACUUAAGGAAAGGAUAGUUUCAUAGACAGCCAUAACACAUGAAUGCCAGGAGAAAUUGGAACCAGUUGCUCUCUGUGGAGUAAAAGCCUAAGUGUAUUCUGCAUGUAAUCCAUGUCAUUUUCAGCAUACUAAUUGAAUGUCUUUAUGGUGAUGGAUGCCAGCUGACCUUUUGAAUGCUAUUUCCUUAGCAAACACCACUUUUGCUGUUUCGCUUAAUUGUAAAAAAAAGUUGUUCUCAUUUAUGUAAGAGCUGGUUUUGUUCUCAGUAGGAGAUGAACUCGGUAGUUCUGUGUGUUUGCUAGUUGUCAUCACCUGGUGUUGAGAGAAUUGUCUCCUGUUUGAGAAAGUGUCAGCCCUCCACCCUCAUCAUACCCCGUUUUGUCCUUUUUGGGUUUUACUCCAGAACAAACAUUAGCCAUUGCAGCCCCAGCAAUGCUAAGGAGAAGAACGGAAUGCCCUGCCAGCAGUUUAGUAGCUGUAUAUAGUUGCCAUUUUCCCGUGUCCUCUGCCUUUCUUUCCCAGAGAACUUUCUUGAAGGCAAAAGCUGUGCAAAAGGCAUGAGACUCAGGCCUGUUCUUUGUUUAAAUGAUGGAAAAGUAUAAAUUAUUUUCUAAGUAAUAAAGAUAUUAAAAUUAUCAUUGUAAAUAAAGUCUAAAGCUUGAAAUGACUUCUUUAUAAAAGUGAAGUAUUUGUGUGGUGAACAACUCCUUAACAAUGGGAAAUGAAUAAUCCAGAAGUCCUGUCUAUUCUGCUUUGGGACAUGCUCUUGGUGCUUCUGUGGAGCAGAGACCCUCACUGUCCUCUCUUAGGGUAGCUCUUAGAAGCAUAGUGAAAACCAUGAGGGGUUUGUCAGCCUUCUCUCUUUCUAAUCCUGAUUCCCAUUAGAUGCCUCUCUUGAUUUUUGUGCCAUUAGCAAUUAAACUACCUUUUCAACUGGCUGAAGGCUACAGUAACAGUUCUGUGACCUUCCACAGACUAAAUCAAGACACCUCUUGACUCUUUAGGUCCUAAUGUGUGUGUAAGGGGUGUGGAAACAACAAAAAUUUGCAUGUCAGUAGUUUAGCCCCAGAUAACUAAGUGCCACAAUAAUCACGUGCAUUGAGACUGAAGUCAUUUUGUGGCAUUAUCCCACUCCUGAGCAAUGAAAUACUGCAUGAUCCUUGUUCUAGGUCAUUAAUUUCUUUCAUGAAUUUAUAAAGGGAAACUAUGGAUCUUAUUGGUAUUGAUAGGUUUUAAAAUUUAUCCAAGCAAAUUCAAACUGAAGAUAGAGAAAACAAUUCACCAUUUUAAACAGAAGAGAUCUCAGAAUUAAAUUAUUCUUAAAGUGUCUAAUCGAGGUUGAAAUCCAUGAAUUUGGGGUUCUGGGUCCAUAACAUGUUAACUGGCCCUCCAGCAAAUGCCCAGACACUUAUUAAAAAUUAAAUUACAAGUAAAUUAAAUUAUUAGCACCCACUAAACCAUACCCUUUGGUCUGGGUGGUUUGAAUCACACUUUUUAUGAAUAUUUGUAUCUCUCUCAUGAGGGAACCAUGAUUAGAGAAUAAGAACACACUAGUAUACAUUAUGCAGCAUGGAUACUAGUAAUCUAUGUCAUUACCUUAUACAUUGUACAUACUGAAAUGAUGUUAAUUUUUACAUUACCUAAUACAGGUUUUUGCCUUACCUAAGAAUUGGUCUUUAUAUUCAUGCUAGUAAAUUACCCAAACAAUUGGUUAGAUGUAGUGGCGAAGAUGUUUGACCUUCUGUGUGUGAAUACUUUAAAUAUGUCUUCAGAUGUAAAAAAAUGAGUUGGUGGGAUCCAAUCUGCUGCUUCAAAGGAUGAUAUUGAUCCUUGAGUUUUUAAUGUAGAAAAGACCAUUGGUAUACAGGCUGAAGGCUCCACAUUCCUUAGCAUCAUGUGUUGGCAUCUUAGGUGUAUGCCCUCUGAAGUUGUGUGGCACACAGGGGACAGACAGCAUCCUCUUACAGAUAAAUAUUCAGUGUGGCCAUGUUCAGCCUAGACUCCUUGCUCUGCAUUAAGACAUGGCUUUUUAAUCAUGAAAACAAGCAAAAACAAUGUUAAAUUUUUGUGGGUCAAUACUGACACAAGUACUACGUUGAUUUGUUUUCUUGAACCACCACUCUUAUAAGGUUUUUCAAAUUAGAUUAAAAUUAAAUCCAUAAACCACUGCUGCUUGGGACCAAAAUGCUCAUAGUAUGGCAUAACUAAGACUAAUAUGCAAGAGAAAACUUGCAGGAUUUAAUGUUUUCCUAAUGCUCUCAAGAGAAAAUGCUUUAUAAAGGGAUCAAUAAGUACAUAAAUUCAAUAAAGUACAUUAGGAAUUUAAGUGUCCACUUGGCCACUCACACAGUCUAUAACUUCAGUUACAGGGGAUCUGAUACCCUCUUCUGGCCUCCCUAGGCACUGCCUAUGUAUUGUGAACAGACAUACAUGCAGGCAAAACACCCAUCUACAUAAAAUACAUUUGUACAAAACAUACCAAAAAAUUUAAGUGCCCAAGUUACAAUCUAAGUUCCUCUGAGUUACAACAAUGCACAAGAAAACAUUAGCCAGUAAUUUAUCACUAUACAUUAAAAAAUGAUAAAUUAUCUAUUACCACAGAUCUUAUUUACUCAAUUCUAAUAUAAUUAAAACUCAAAUUCUUUAACACUAAGAAAAUUAAACAUUAUUAAUUUUGGCUCUCACAGAUGCAGAGCUGGCCUUGCAUUAACUGCCCCACUGUGUUCAUCUGUCAUUUUAAACCAAUUGGUAGGGAUCAAAGGGAAAAAAAGAGUAGUUAGCAAAGAAAGUGUAAUUAGAAAUGCUCUUCUGUUGAAACAAAGGAAGGAAUGUUUUUAAUGCCAAGGUCUAAGUCACCUCCACCCAUUUCCAUAAUGAAACUUUUGGUACAAAGAAGCAGGUAACAGCAGAAUCAAGGACCACAUAAAACCCUGGAUACACAGCCAGACCCCUGUCCAACCUUCUCCCAAGUCAACUUAGUUAUUUGCUCUGGAGUGAAAUGACCUUGGGGAUCCAUGAUUCCUCCCUGGCUUUAUUUAACAUAACAAACACUUCUCAUUGCUGAGUGUGAAUCAUUGGAGAUCAGAGUGUCUGCUGCAGAGGAGGAACUUUGCCCCUGGUAAUUACAUUCUCUUUAUAUAGCAAAAUAAUCAGACGUUAAUGUAAAAUCAAUAAUAACUAUUUUAACUUGUCCUCUUUAACUUGCUGGUGAAUAAGGGUCCUGUCACCUUGCUUUUAAAAUUUUCAGUUGGUUACGUUUUUAACUCUGAAAACCUCCAUUAUAUCAGAUGUUUCAUUAGCUAUUUAUAAACAUAUUCUAGAAUUAUGCUGUUGCUGCCAUUAAAAAUAGCCCUAAUAUAUCUAUAUAUGAUAUGUUAAUGGAGGGUCUCAAUAACUUUUAAUAUAUAUUUAUUCACCAAUCACUAAUUUUGAAUACUCUGUAAAAUAUUUGCAUGAGGUUUUUAACAUAUUAUAUUUGCUUGGUUUUUGCAUUUAUGAGUGUCAGUUAAUUGCAUAUAUUCCCACAAUAGGACAUAUAGCAUUUUUUUUUUUUGCACCAAUAAAGUUGAUUUGUUAGCCAACAAGCACGGGAAACAUCUCUGAAUAUACACAUCCCCUGGGACUCCUUCCUGGAGAUUUUUAUCCUGCCAAUCACGAAAUGAAAAUUGGUGCUUUUACACAUAUUAUGAGCCCUCGAUACAAAAUCAUGGAAAAAAAGAUUCUCUUUACCCUUCGGUAAUGAUGUUAGGAACUUUAAUCUGAAUCCAGUGGGUUUGCUUUGGGUAGACAUGGUCAAUUCGAAUUUUUUGUUCUUGUUGAAAAUGCAUUCUGAUUCCUGAUUGAGUGAUUGAUUUGAUCUGUGAUUGCUUCUCUGUGAAAAGAAAAAGACAUUGAGUGGUUCUCUAUAGCAGAUUUUAAAUAUUCGACCCUGUGUAAUAAUAUUUAUAACCCAGAGGGGGAUAGGAUUAAUUUUAUUUGGUGUUCCUAAAAAUGCCCACUAUUUUCAAAUAACUAAAGUGAUAGUGGUGGGGAUAUCAUUUGUAAAUGACAGUUUUUAACAAUACUUCUCUUACCACAUUCAGCCUGAAUAUGUAUUAAUUAGUAUCUUUGUAAAGUUUAUCCAUUUUUAGAAACACAAAAACUUGUUACUUAAGUGAUUGUUUUACAUUUGAAGUCAAUUUGAUCUUGUCACCUGUAUCUUGCACUUAAUGUAUGUAGCAAUAUUUAGUAUCAUUCCACCACAAGUAUUUGUAAAGUGACAUAGUUAAUGGCUGAUAAAAGUUUUGUAAUAAGUAGGAACUGUAUAGAAAGAAAAUUAGAUAAAUUAUAUUUAUUUUUGUUUUUGUUUUUUAGCUUAGACACUAUAUUGAUACUCCUCCCUUUUUGCCAGAAUUACUGGAAGUGCCUCUUGGUUUUAUAUAUUUACAUACAUAUUCAAAAUUAUUAAAAUUGUGUCUUAGAUGAUCAAUAUGUAUGCUAUAAUGUAAAGAUGAUGUGUAAUACAAAAUUGAUUCUGUGGUA